CGUGUGGCACCCGGCAGGAAGCAGACAUGAUGUUUGUCAUGGACAGCGCCAGCGCUGGGAAGAAGAACACGAAAAAGACAAUGGACUUCAUGAAGUCGGUGGCCAAGAAUGUGGACGUGGGCAAAGAGACGGUGCAGCUGGGUAUGCUCAUGCCCGAGGAGUGUAUCCCCGAGUCGGAGUCUUUCAAACUGGGCCAGCAUCCAGACAAAGCAGAUAUGGUCUCAGCUCUGGACCAUCAUUCGGACGACAAUUUUGCUUCUCUGCUCCGAAACAUGAGACGAGGCGCCUUCAGGAAACGAAAGGGAGGUCGUUUCGACGCCAAGAAGAUUGCCAUAGUUCUCAUCGACGGGAAGCUGGACAAACCUAUCAAAGCCCUCAAGGAAGCCAGACGAGCGAAGAUCAAGGGCAUUGAGAGUUGUAGUGCAACACGUCUGGCCGACGACAGGAAAAUAAAACAAGAUCAAGCUAAAGACAAAGAAUGUGCAUAUUCUAAACAGGACUGUCUUGACAUUUCGAGGAUCUGGGUACACAAAGACGUGUGCUCGAGGGAACUGCUGUCACGCAAACGAGUGUUAAGUAUUUGCAAAAGGAGAUAUCGUAAUAAUAAUAAUACAAGUUUGAGAGAAGUGAUUUCAUUCUGCACAAAGUGCACUCCGGGUUGAAAACGUUUUACCUGAAGAAUCACCUAAUCUGUUGGCUGGACGAAGGACUAUCGUUCAACAGUGGGUUGGAUGGACGCACUAUCGUGUAGGAAGAGGGAAGAGGUAGUUAAAAUCUGAAGGAGAUGCAGCAAGUUCCGUGAAAUCCCCGACUUCGUUGAUAUGAUAUGUAACAAAACAUAUAUGUUCUUGCUGCCAUACGUUUUUGUUUCUUUGUUUGUUUGUUUAUUUCUGAAAACUGCCAUAAUCGAGUAAUGUCCUUGUGGUGAAACUUCUGAGUGUCAUCACCACUGCUGCAAAGCUCCUCUUUACUUCCUGGACGUGACGUCACCUCUUUCAUGUAUACUACUAAUGCGUGUAUUUUCUGUACUUUUUCGAUAUGACGUCAUCAUUGUCACCGCUGGACGUCAUGCGAGUUGCUUUGCAUGUGACAUCGGCAGAGACAUUUCAUUGGUUGGUUGUGAUUGGGACUUUGUUUCUACACAUUGCAUGCUGUAUACUCCCUUCUUCGGUGCUCUGGUCCAUGUCUCAAAGAACUGUAGUGUUAUAUAUAGCGCUUCCACUGUGUAGUCAUGUAUCUCGCUGUUUUUUUAAGCAAAAUCUUUCUUUUUUUCAUUUUUAUAUAACUUUAAUAAAAACAGCACCUUUAACAAUAGGAAA